GUGCGUUUUGACAAUUUGACAUUUCUCGUUGUUAGAAAUAAGUUUUAUUUAGUUGAUGCUUAAAUUUUUUUUAAUAAAUAGUAGGUGUUCAAAUAAAUAUAAAAUGUCUGAAUUGGAAUUGCAGGAAGAGGAACGCGAAGUUUUGGCUUCUAUAUAUGAUGGUGAUAAUAGUUUUAAACAAGUUUCACCUACCACUUAUCAAUAUAAAUAUGGAGAAAUUGAAGAGAAAUCUUUUUUACUAGAAAUUAUAUGGGGACCUAAUUAUCCGACUGAGCCGCCAACUUUCAAUUUAGAUACAUUUUAUAAUAGAAACAUAUUGCAAUCAAUCAAGAAUUCAGUUCUCGAAUUGGUGACAGAAGAAUCUCAACAAUGGCUAGGUUGCGCAAUGACUUACACAAUAUUUGAAGCUCUGAAAGAAAAGAUACACGAGUUGCUAGAAAAACAGAGUGAAGCAAAUGACCCAAACGAGGUAACGGAAAUGGUACAAGAAGUUAAGAUUAGUGACAGUCUGGAUGAUGUUAAGAAGAACGUUGUCAAGAAAUCACAACUGACAAAAGCUCAAAAACGAAGGCAGUGGGAAAGGACUGAUGGCAAGGGGGAGAAGCCGAGAGGUUGGGAUUGGGUUGAUAUUGUUAAACACUUGUCACAGACUGGAUCGAAAGACGAUGGAGCUGUUUCAUAGUGGUAGAGUUUGUGAACAUUGAAUGUUAAAUUUGUUUUUAUUUAUCUAAUGCAAAUUGAAUGCAAGUGUGAUACUUGAUAUGUUCUUUUGUGCAUUUAUGAUGAUGUACGCACAUUAGAAUAACAUUACCGAAUACAUAUUUUAUUUAUUUAAUAUCUAUUUGAUAUAUAAAUAUAUCUAUCUAGUAAUGCAAGAGCAUGUUGUCUAUUAGAACGUUUGAAGGACUAUGGAUAGAUUUGUUAAA